UCUUAUCAUGUGAAUUAUUUGUUUGUGUGGUGUUUUUUUUAUUAGAAAUAGAGAAAGAAUAAAAGAAAAGAAGGAAAUGAAAUAAAGAAUAAGAAAAAGAAGAGGUUGGAGGGGUGAAAGAUUUUUAUCUCUAAUCUCCCUUCUAGAAUUCACGGGAACUCCAAUCCCAUUCUACAUUUUUUCACUCCCACUUUUACACAAGGAUGGAUGGCUGCUCCUCCAGCGAAAGUGAGCAAACUCCCCUCAUCUCCCUCUUUGCCUUAACAUCUCUCUACUCACCCACACACAACACCAUCUCUCUUCUCUGCAUUGCCGUCGCCGUCGGCUUUCCGGCAGCUUCCGUCGCCGGUUUCCGACAAUCUUAGAGUAGACUUGUCUUCCCUUUGAGCCAGCAAGUCCCUCACCUUUCGAAUUUGUUCAAUUUCUGCCUCAUCUUAAAGCUAGGGUUCUUAAAUUGGUUUCUCUCAAUUUGAAUUUAAGUAAAAUUAGAGUAUAUAGUUGGAUUAUCUUAGAUAGUAGGUUUUUGGAGGUUGUAAAUAUAUAUUAUGUUGUGGUGAAAGAAAUAAAGGAGAUAGCCUUUUGUGUCAUGUUCUGGCCGAAUUUAUCAACUCCGAUUUAGCCAAGUAAUCCUGCCCCGAGAGAUAGCACGGGCAAGGAGAAGGCGAAGGACUAAAGUGAUCUAGUAUGGCAUUUUGGAUUUUAAGUUUGUGAAGGUGAAGAUGAAAGUGAACGAAAUGACGCGUAAGCUAGUGAAACCAUGCAAGGCUACUCCACCGCAACCCGGCCACUACAAAAUCUCUCUUUUAGACCAAAUUAAAAUCCCAUCCGAAUCCUCUAUUAUUCAUGUGAUGAUAGAAAAUCAAAAUGUGUUUUGCUGGAAGAAUCAAUGGCUCAAAUCUUGUCCAACUUCUACCCGCCAGCAGGGAGGUACAACAAGGAGAAAUGUUGAAAUUUGAGGAUCAAAAGGAAAAACUGUGGAAAGAGAAACAACAAGUGGAUUGCAACGACCAAGGUGUUCUCUUUGUUACUGCUCAAGUCGACGUGGAUCUCUCUCUCAUCCUAAAGAGCCACGUGGAUCCCCAGCAGCUGAACCAACUCCUCCCAGUAGACUUGGCUGCCGCCGAUGGGCCCACCGAUCCAAUCCUCGCCGUCCAAAUCAACAGGUUUCAGUGCGGGGGUUUGGCCAUCGCGGCAUGCGCAUCUCACAGGUUCAUUGAAUCAACCUCCUUCACCUCAUUCCUCACGGCCUGGGCCCAGGCCGCAGAGACAGGCGGAAAACUACUAAUUAAACCCUUUUUCGACCACCACUCCUACUUUCCCGCCGAGAAUCUUCCAUCCCACAGCGACAGACCCCGCCAAAAAAUCAUCGUCGAGCGCUACGUGUUCGACAGCAAAGCCAUACAGAGACUGAGCCAGCAGCUGAUAUCUGAGCGGCCGCUGUCGAGGGUGGUUGCGGUCUCCACCUUCCUCACCCAGGCCCUCCUCCGCGCAGACAUCGCGCGCCGCGGGGAGCCCCGAGCCGCCCUCAUCAGGCAGCUUAUCAAUAUUCGGGAAAGAACUGUCCCGCCCGUGCCAAAGCAGGCUUUUGGCACGUGGCUUUCAGGUUCUUUCCUCGAGCUCGCCGCGGACCACACCGCGUCAGCCGCUCUAGGGGAGAAUUUUCCCGCCUUGGCGUGGAGGAUCCGAGAUGCCACGUUGCAGGGCGUCCGCGACUGCGCUCCGGUGCUCGGGGACAAAGAGUUUGGUCGGAAGUUGCUGGUCGGCAAUUUCUUGGAUGCCAACAAGAAAGCUGAGACUGAAGAUUGUAAGGUGAUAUGGUUGAUGGAUUUCUCCAAAUUCUGCGACUACGAGCUGGAUUUUGGGUUCGGAAAUCCGGAGUGGGUGAGCAUCGCAACGGUGCCGGUGACGGAUCAUAUAAUUAUGCUGAACAACAGAAGCAACGACGGAAUCCAAGCGUGGGUGUGUAUGAAAGAAUCUGACAUGCAAUUUUUCCGACAGGAUAAAGAGAUUCUUCUGCUUAGUGCAAACACUUCGGGCUAGAAUGUGUGGAGCAUUUGAUCUAUUCAGAUUGUA